AGGCAGCCACUGUCCAGUGUUAGUGUCACAGUUGCAUCACCAAGGUGAAGCACCCAGCCAUUCUCAGAGUGAUUUCUCCAUUCAAGAAGAACAAGCUGACCUAAGUCUGCUGGCUUCAAUCAGGAAGGAGAUCUCAUCCGCUACUCGCAGCAUUUUGAAGGACAUGGCUGUCUUAAAAACGCAAAAUGAGGCAAUUUUGAACCUCUUAGGUAGUACCCGCGAGUGCGAGAUGGAUGAGCAGCCUGUACAGACAUACCCGCUAAGGACGGUUGAUGAAAUUGACCAUCUGGAAAGUAAUUUGAAAAGCUCCAGCAGCACCCGCAGGCAACUGUGCAAAGUCCUAGGCCACAUUGGCGGCAACACAGUGCGCUCAACAACUGCAAACAUCUUGAAAUAUUUACUUCACGAUUCCGUCGCUGUCAUGUACAGUCUCCAUGGGCAAAAAGGAAAAAGAGCCUUGGCUGAGACAGAGUUGUGCCGCAUAAUUCUGGGGCACAUGUUGAAACGGACCAAUGAGUAAACAGUUAAAUGGUGGCAAAGCAGCCACAUUUUUCAAGCAGUUGUGUGCUCACCAAUCAAACUUAAGGUAAACAUAUAGAAGCAUGCUAGGAUUGACUUUUUUUUUACUGUCUUCUUUUAAUUUUG